CCAGUCUCGGUCACAUGACGCGCGCGCGCCUCCCUGGCUGAGAACGUGACACCGGAAGCUGCCCGGCCGCCGUAGUGACGUGCCUAAGCUGCGCCAGCUCUUCCGGAAACACGGGCUGUGGAGAAGUCACCUCAUGGCGGCGGAGAGCAGCUGAUGGUCACCCUAUGAGGAGGGUAAGGAGGACGGUGAACGGUAUAAACACCAACGCCCGGGGAAGGACACGGUGACAGCAUGGCUGCCAGCGGAGUGUUCCUUUAACCCCUUAAGGACAUGCGACAUGUCAUGAUUAGAAGUUUGGUCCUUAAGGGGUUAAAGACCCUCAAUAAAUCAUAUAAACCGGUCAGAUAACGUAUAGACACACAGGGCUAUUCACUAAGCUGCGAACUGUCGGGAAUUAAAAUUGUAUUUCAUUUUUUUUAGAGGAAAAUAGCAGAAUUUAAAAAAAAAAAAAAAUUCAGUCAGCUAUAUAUUUUUCGUGUAUUUUAGUCUAAAAUGUGAAGUUGAUCUUUAACUUUCUAUAGAUCACACUUUUUAGAGUAUGCCCCUCACAGUGUCCUCCUGUAAGUCACAGCAAAUAUAUAAUAUAUUUUUUUUUUAAUUUUGUUCUCAAGCAGUUCCGUCUACUUCAGAGUUAUUUGCAUAUUUUGCAAAGAUCUAAGAAAAAUGAUUUAUGAGUAUUAAACAACAUUUUAUCUUUAUACAAUACUUAAAAAUCGUAUUGCAGUGACAGCCACUCAACAAAGCUUUAAAGGAUUGUGGACUGAUAAAAUGUUGAAUAUCUGUUUUUUUAUUCUAUUUAUUUUGAUAGUUUAUAUAUGUAACUGUUAUUUCACUAAACAGUGAAUUGUGCUGACAUUUAUCCAAAAUAUAUUGGGCUUUGGAAAAAAUCUUCAACUUGCCUAUAGUCACAGUCUAGCCUUUUUACAUUUGCUUGGCUUUUUUUGCCUUUGAAUUUUAAUUAACUGCAUUUCACUGUACCAUAAAUAAACCUCACAAUAAUCCCAGUGCCUUUUUGCAUGUACCCUUAUUUGAUGUUACCGCGCUAAAUAAAAUCAGUUAUUUACUAUAGAAUACAUCUGAAUUGCUAUUGUUUUCUUUGACUGUAGAGGUGGAUUACGGUUUGGUAGUUCAAGAUCUUAUAAUAAUCUCUAGAAUAAGUACACUCGUUGGGAUAAUAUGUCAAGUGAGCAAGCGGUAGUUAUUUGCUAUAAUUGUAUGGUUUUUAUAAGCAAUACAAUGUCAUUGGUUAACAUUCUAGAGCUUUAUUAAAAUGGCAAAAAAUGCAUUUUCUUGUAAUUUGUGAAGCCCUGUUUCAAACUACCUGUUUGAAUCUUGAUAUAUGCUUUAAUCAUAACUUUAAUUUUGUGUUUUCAGUCCCCCUCUAACGGACAAAACACUCCGGGAUCUAUCUGGCUUGUGACGGUUACCGUCCAGUCGCCUCCACAUCCCUUCAUCCUCUCAUGAUUUCAUGAGCAUUUCCAGUUUGGCAGGGGUUUUCGCUCUUAACGGGAACAAUGGUAAAAUACUUCUUAGGAAUAAAUCUGCUGAAGAGCUCUUGGGACCAAGUUUCAGCUGCAUUUUGGCAGCGCUAUCCAAACCCAUACAGGUAAGAAUUUGUAACAAUAGCCAUGGAAUGAUAUAACUUAUUAACACUGUGCUAUGGUGCUUUUUGCAGGACGGUGGUAAUUGUACAGCUCUAGUUAGGCACCCUUACAUUUAACAUGUUUUAUUUUUGUGAUAUAGCAGCUACUUGUAAAACGUAAAGUCAUUAGAUGUGAUGUUAUUUGCUGCUGUCUCUUAGCUCAGCAGUGUUUAAGAAUUUUUAAAUGUUUUUUUUAAGACAGGGCUUGACAAAUCCCAGUCGCCAUGGCCUUUUUGAGCGUGUUCAACCACUGAGGUGAUUGGAUGCCUGAGAUUGGAGGUGGGCAGUCGGCUCACGCAGAGCUGAGGCAAGCAGGUGGACGUUUAGCAUAUUGAGAACUGAGGGAAGGAGGCAGGCUGCUGAUUUAUCGAGGCGGGCUGAUUGAGGAAGGCAGCAAGGGAGCUGUAUUUUCCCUGCUUUGCUCCCUUGCGCGCCUUCCAGUGAUGCUGGGAGCCGGAAUAUCACAUCAUUCCGCACCCGCAUCACUAAACAGCGCUUUAGGGAGCCGAGCAGAGAGAAGACACCAGCCCCACUGGACACCAGGCAAAGCUAAUCCACUCCAGCUUUCCCAAAGGUUGGGAAGCUGGGUGGGUUUGACCCCUUAAGGACACCUGACAUGUGUGAUGUCAUGAUUCCCUUUUAUUCCAAAAGUUUGGUCCUUAAGGGGUUAAAUAAUAAAAGUAAUGAUUUGUGAGUGUUGCAGUUUGUGUGUGCGAGCACACUGUGCAGCACUGCCCUGUUAAAGGACCACUCUAGGCACUCAGACCACUUCAGCUUAAUGAAGUGGUCUGGGUGCCAGGUCCAGCUAGGCUUAACCCAUUCUUUUAUAAACAUAGCAGUUUAUCAAUGGGUUAAGCCUUCCCCCAAAUCCUCUAGUGGCUGUCUCAUUGACAGCCGCUAGAGGUGCUUGCGUGAUUCUAUCUGUGAAAAUCAUAGUGAGAGCACGCAAGCGUCCAUAGGAAAGCUCUUGCCGCGCGUGCGCAUUCAGCCGACGGGGAGGAUCGGAGGAGGAGAGCUCCCCGCCCAGAGCUGGGAAAAGGUAAGUGUUUUUUUUUGUUUUUUAAUAAUAUACAUAUAUGUAUGUAUGUAUAUGUGUAUGUAUGUAUAUCUCCCCUUCCAGAGCCGGGCGGGAGGGGGACCCUGAGGGUGGGGGCACCCUCAGGGCACUAUAGUGCCAGGAAAACGAGUAUGUUUUCCUGGCACUAUAGUGGUCCUUUAAGCACUUCUAGAGGCUGUCUGAGUGACUGUCACUAGAGGUGUUACCAGACAGCAAUGUAAACACCAAAAUCUGACUCCUAACAUUUUUUAGCUGGCUCCUAGAUUUUUAGCAAAUUUGUCGAGCCCUGUGUUGACUUUCAGUUAAUACCCAUAGUAUAAUAUUUAUGGGCACAUUUUUGUUGUGCUUUCAUCAUACUACGUGCACUAUCUGUAUUUUUGACAUUUCUAAUAACCUAUUCUUGAUCCACUUCACACAGACUCUCAUGCUGCUUUAGAGGGUUACUCUAAGCAUCUCAACUACAAUAGCCCCAAUCUCAUUCAUGGUGCACACCAUUCUGCAACAGUUUGUCCUCUUACCUUGCCAGUGACAUGCUCCUGCAGAAGCCAGAUGCUGAUCAUUCAUUGGCUGAGAGCCAGCUCAUCCCUUCCAGUUGACUCUCUCAAUGGACCAUGCACGGGAGUGACAUUAGAUUGGCAUAUUAAUGAGUCUGCCAAAAGUGAAGUUACAUCUCCUGUGGCAUUAUAAAAUAUAUUUGUAUGUCCAACGUUUCAUGCUAAACUGCUGCACAUAGACUGUGAUCACCAUGACCACUUCAAAAUACUGAAGUGGUUGUGAUGUUUGGAAUAAUCCUUUAAAGUGAUACACCAGUCCCUUGAUAUGUUUUUAUUUGUUGAAGUGCUUUGGGGUUUCAUUAGAUGUCCCUACAGGCUUAUUUUACAAAAGUGCCCAAAUCAAGAGAAUGUUUAAAAUAAAUUGUGAUAUUUUUUAUUUUAUUUUUAGCUUUAAAGUCUCUCUUUGCGCUCAUUUAUUGGAUUUAGUGCCUUAUUUCCAUAUUUAAAAUCAGUGGUGUUCCAUGCUUAUUCUUAUCUUUGUUUUUAAAAGAACUUGUACUUGCAUGGUUCAUCCUUUUUGCCAUUAGAAGCUUUAUUAACCUUGUUAUUGCAUAGUAGAGAAUUAGAUUUUUGAAUAACCCCUCUAACUGAGAAUCACAGACAUAUUUAUCCUUUGUCAGGUGCAAGAUUGCACCUAGUUUUCAGUCAUGAAUGUAAAAUCCUAAGGGUUUAUUCACUAAACACUGCAUUGUGACGGAAAAAAAACAUUUUAAAAUGUAGGCUGAAAUAGCCAAGCAGGAAGAUAAGCUGAAUGUUGUGUUCUGCUAUUUGAAUUUAAAUUCACCACAAUUAACGUUUAUGUUACAUAUGUUUAAUGUGGUGCAUUGAUUUUUAUAUAUUUUUUUGUAUUAGUACCAUCUGUUUAAACUUGUGUAACUUCCUCUAUGAAUAUAAAAAGAAAAAGAGCUACCUCCACACAAUAUCCACAGAAGCAUAGAUAGGAGCUCCUAUUGUCAUUAAGCACUUCUCAUGCAUAUGUUCUACAUCUUGUUACACCCUUGCAUGCUCAGCAAUUCUUCCAUAACUAACAAUGUGAUGUGUGAUUGGCUGGAAUAUUUCUGCCAGUAGUUUGUUAGCAGGAGGUGAUCAUAGUUUUAGAAUAGCUCCAGACAUGCAUCCAAAAUACAAUUUAGAUGUUUUAAAUUCAUCAACUAGAUAAUGCAUGGAAAAGAGUGUAUUUUUAAGCUUCUCAAAUCCCUCUUUCUCUUGCUCUGUAUAAAGCAAACAUGUCCUAUCAGAAGACAUUCUGUACCGUGAGGUAACAUCUGACCAGAAGCUGCUGACCAGGAAACUUUUGACCAAGACCAACAGACUGCCACGUUGGGCAGAACACAUCUUUCCAUCCAAUGUAGCCCAUGCUGUGUAUAUCAUAGAAGAUUCUAUAGUAGAUCCUUCUAACAGAACUUUGACCACCUACACAUGGAACGUAAAUCAUGCAAAAAUCAUGGUGAGUCAAGUACAAUAAAUCUCUAUAGUAAAAUCUUUUAGCCUAUUCUUUGUCUUUUGCUGUAAGAAGUAGAGUUCCAGGAUUUGACACAGCUGCUCAUUUUAAAGGAUUGAUGCAGUGUUUAGGCUCCUGACACCCAUAGUAAGAAGUUAAAAAGCAGUAUUACUCACCUUUUCUCCCAUGCUGCAGUGCUCUCUCAACAGCUGGUCCCACCUUUAUGGCUGAGAUCGUCAAGAUCGAUUAUCUCAGUCAAUCCAAUGCUGGUGCACACUGCACCAAUUCGAUGAGACCAUUUCAUUGAAAUAGAGGUUUCAUGUAUUUUGUCUGGAUCACCACCUGAUAGGUGGUAUAAGAAUAGCUUACUUUUGAAAGAAGCAGAAAAUUGGCAUAUAAAUAAAACUGUAAAUAUCAGAUCUUUGUUUUCCUGUGCAGGGUCAUUUUGCUAGGUAUUCUAAUGCAAAUGACAGUGAGUGGGGGGAGACUGUAGUAAUGUGUCAAAAGAUCACGUUAGCUGCUGCAAAGUGGCCCCUGUACAUUUAUUUAUAUUGCCAUGAAAGAUCAAAGUAAGGAAGUCAAGAUGUAUUAUCUUAUUAAACCUAGUCUAGCCUGAUAUACUCCAUGUGCUUAGUGGUGAUUCUAGCUGUUGGUCUGUGUGAUUAAUUUCUGCUUUUUUUGUUGUUGUUUUUUUGUGACCACAGUCUGUGGAGGAAAGAUGCACAUACUGUGAAAAUUCUGAGAACAGCAGCUGGACAGAGAUCAAGCGUGAAGCCUGGAUAUCUUCUAAAGUGAUUGGUUUUACCAGGCCCAUUCAGGUGAGGAGACCAUUAUGUACAGGUGGAAAUACCAAGGAAUAUGAAUAAAGACUGUUUUGCCAGCUGCCAAUGGGCAGUAUAUUAAAGGACCACUAUAGUGCCAGGAAAACCAUGCUUGUUUUCCUUGCACUAUAGUGCCCUGAGGUGCCCCCACCCUCAGGGACCCCCUCCCGCCCGGCUCUGGAAGGGGGAAAGGGUUAAAAACUUACCUUUUUCCAGCACUGGGCGGGGAGCUCUACUCCUCCGAUCCUCCUCUUCUCCUCCCAUGCAGCUGCAAGAGCUGCGCGCGCAUUCAGCCGGUCGCAUAGGAAAGCAUUCAUAAUGCUUUCCUAUGGACGCUUGCGUGCUCUCACUGUGAAAAUCACAGUGAGAAACACGCAAGCGCCUCUAGUGGCUGUCAAUGAGACAGCCACUAGAGGAAAUAGGGGAAGGCUUAACCCAUUCAUAAACAUAGCAGUUUCUCUGAAACUGCUAUGUUUAUGAAAAAAUGGGUUAACCCUAGCUGGACCUGGCACCCAGACCACUUCAUUAAGCUGAAGUGGUCUGGGUGCCUAGAGUGGUCCUUUAAGGGCAAUAACAGACCUUCUGCUGGAGGUUUUACUGUAAUCACAACACUGCAGAAUGUAUAAUUUAUAAAUGGUGUGUUAUUAAAUGGGGAAUGGUAAGCACAUGGCAAUUGAGAUGCAUUAGAAUUUAAUUAUGUGCAAGCAGUAACAGAAGCAGCGAGAAAUUCCCUCCAAUACACCAGUCAGGGAUGAGUCUUAUGUGUGAUCCUCUCCCAAACAGCAAUAUUUGUUUUUAAUGCCUAUGGUUACUGCAUAAAAUAUGCAUUUAUUUAAUGCUCGAUUCUGGUGCAGUACUGGCUUCUGUAGCUAAUAAUUGUCCUCAUUUUCUGCUUAGCACACACUUCUUUCUUCAUGCUGGAGUGUCCGGUCAAGAACUCACUGUGAUUCACCAGUCCAAAGAUUCACUAAAAGCAUUGAAAUCUCAACCGUAUAUGCAUGUUAAGAGCCUGCAUGCACAUAACCAAAGCCUUACUUGCAGGUGCAUCCACAGUUCACCACCAGCCAGUACUAUAGGUUUUGCGACCAGCACACAGGAAUGUCAGGGUGAAUCUCAAAAAUGACUUAACUGACCACCCAGAAACACAGAGUGGAAAAAAAAAAUAGGUCUCAGCAUUUGUGUUUUAAGAUGAAAUACUGCAUUGAAACGGUUCUUGCACCAUAAUCAUUCAGCAAGCUGAAAUAGUUUUGGUAGUUAGUGACACUCAAAUUGCAAGAGAAUACUGAGACUGGUCAGAACUCAAGUAGCUUUCCCUUUGGUGGGUCACCACUCCGAUAUUAAGAUAGUUUUAGCUAAUCUUGUGCCAUUACACAGAGAACCUAGUUAAUUUGCAUAUCAGAGUGAUUUCACCCAGAAGGGCAGUUCCCAUCGAUAAGCGGGUCGUCUCUCUCUGCACAAGAGAUGCAUUAACACUAGAUAAUCAUUUCGGCCAUGUAAGACCUAGUCAGUGAGAUAUAGCUGGUACCCCUCUAGGCACUGAACAAAAGGGUCCACGUGUGGAUUAAAUUUGGAGAGCGUGAAAAAAACCGCGGUGCUAGACAAUACGGAGCACGGACAACAGCUUGAGAAGUUUGCCCUUCGUACGGGGUAGAUGUAUGUCUCUUGCAGAGAGGUUUGAUCAGUCUGACAUGCAAGUGGUGUAUAGGUUUUCUUUGUAAUGGCACAAGUGAACAUAAACAUUUUUGGGACUUGAGCAAGGGCAAACAGAAAAGCAGCAAGCUACUGAGUUUCUCUAAGCUUUUGCCCGUCUCAAAUUAUCUGUUGUAGUUGUUAGUGACCUUUUAACUCUAAACCUUAUCCGUAAACAGACACUAAUUCAUAACUGCCCCAUUUUGGUUCUUUAAUGACACUUCUGUGUUUCUGUUGUAUGACUGAAAACUAAAUUUAUUCUUCAUGUCUCCUCCUGUAAAUAAGUACUUUGUCUGAAUAAAAAAAAAUGUAUUAUUAUUUUUUUGGACCAGCAAUAAUUAAAUUUAAUUUUAAAAUAAUUUACUUUCUCUCCCAGGAAUUUGGUCUGGCGCGGUUUAAAAGUAAUGUGACCAAGGCAAUGAAGGGUUUUGAGUUUAUUUUGGCAAAAAUGCAAGGUUUGUAAAUCUGUACUCGCUCAUACCUUUCUAUUGUGUGUGUUUUUACUCUUUGUAUUUUUUUGAUAAGUGUCCAAAGUGUCUUUUGAGUGGGAGGGGAGUGGAGGGGGCUUUUUUUUUCUCUUCAUUUUUUUUCCUGUAUUACACUUUUAAAACCAAUUUUCAGUAUUUUGCUAUGUCCCAUUACAUUUUUUGCAUCAAAGUACUGACUGUAUUAUUUUUCUUUCUCCACCUUAUGUCCUCUUUCAGGUGAUGCUCCUCCAAGAACUCUAGUAGAAACAGCUAAGGAGGCUACAGAGAAAGCGAAGGAGACUGCACUAGCAGCAAAAGAAAAGGCCAGGGACUUGGCUAGCAAGGCAGCUACAACCAAGAAGCAGCAGUAUGUGUGAUGCUGCUUAUGUAUAGAUCAGUCUAGAGUAGCUGGUACUGUUGCAUGGUUCAUCUGUCACCUGAACCGAAAUCUACUCUAUCCACUUCUAUUUUGUAAAUUUAAUGAUUUUGUUAUAUCAUAGCAAUCCAAAGGAAACUUGAAUGAAUAUAGUGAACAAAACAAUUUCUCUUUUCUAAGCCUUAAUUUAUAAAUAUAAAAUAAUCUGAUACAAUGUGUAAAGUAUAUCUUUCUGUGAUACUGUCAUAAUGAUGCAAAUAAAGCUCAUAAGAAGAAGUCUUUUAAAGUUCUCGACUGUUGUAACUUGUAUUUUGAGUUCAUACAUUUGUUUUGGCAAAAUACGCCCCAAUAUGAGAUGCUUUGCAUAUUAACGUUCUCUGCUUUAUGGGGAGACCUCUACUUUUCAUAUCUUUG